CGGGGCGGGUACUGAGUGGGCGGGGCCUAGCUCGCGUAGCUCCCACAGGCUGACUAGUUACCCAGAGGCGCUGAACCGAGAGGCCUGCGGCGACGAUGGAAAGCCUGGCAGUGCGGCUGCUGCGCGGCAGCAGGCUGCUAAGAAGAAAUUUCCCAACUUGUUUGUCUUCUUGGAAGAUUCCUCCUCAUGUCUCAAAAUCUUCCCAGUCAGAAGCUCUACUCGAUAUAACAAAUAAUGGAUUACACUUGGCUCCCCUGCAAACACUUACAGAUGAGGAGAUGAUGAUAAAGAGUUCAGUUAAAAAAUUUGCUCAGGAACAAAUUGCACCUUUGGUUUCAACCAUGGAUGAAAAUUCAAAAAUGGAGAAAUCAAUAAUACAAGGAUUAUUUCAACAAGGGGUAGGAAGUUUCUGCCUCUCAGAGGCUGGAGCAGGUAGUGACUCAUUUGCUUUGAAGACCAGAGCUGAUAAAGAGGGAGAUUAUUAUGUUCUCAAUGGAUCAAAGAUGUGGGUCAGCAGUGCUGAGUACGCGGGGCUCUUUCUGGUGAUGGCGAAUGUAGACCCUACCAUUGGAUAUAAGGGAAUUACCACCUUCAUAGUAGAUCGUGAUACUCCGGGCCUUCAUAUCGGGAAACCUGAAAACAAAUUGGGGCUCAGAGCUUCUUCCACCUGCCCAUUAACAUUCGAAAAUGUCAAGGUUCCAGAAGCCAAGAUCUUGGGACAAGUUGGGCAUGGCUAUAAGUAUGCCAUAGGGAGUCUUAAUGAAGGUAGAAUAGGAAUCGCUGCACAGAUGCUGGGACUGGCACAAGGAUGUUUUGACUAUACAAUUCCAUAUAUUAAAGAAAGGAUGCAAUUUGGCAAACGACUGUUUGAUUUUCAGGGCCUCCAACACCAAGUGGCUCACAUGGCCACCCAGCUGGAAGCUGCAAGGUUACUAACAUACAACGCUGCUAGGCUUUUAGAAGCUGGAAAGCCAUUCAUAAAAGAAGCAUCAAUGGCCAAAUACUAUGCAUCAGAGAUUGCAGGACAAACAACCAGUAAAUGUAUCGAGUGGAUGGGGGGAGUAGGCUACACCAAAGAUUACCCUGUGGAGAAAUACUUCCGAGAUGCAAAGAUUGGUACGAUAUAUGAAGGAGCUUCCAACAUCCAGUUGAACACCAUUGCAAAGCAUAUCGAUGCAGAAUACUGACGUCUGUAGGAGUGGGACCCCUCCCUGGUGUCACUGCUGUAAAAUUUUAAACUGUUGUGUCUUGUUAGGAGUAAGUGCCUUGCAUGGGAAUAAACUUCCACAGCAUUCAAAUAUUUUACUGAAGCCCUUAGGGUCCUGGGGGUUGGCCUUUUUGGUUUUCUCUUUUCAGGCUGUUUAACUUAGGCACAGGAGAUCCACUUUUAAACUUGGGAAAUAAGCACCUGUAUUUUUUUCCAAAACUGUUUUUAAAGCUCUAUACAUAUAUAUAUUUUUUAAUUUGAGACGGAGUCUCACUCUGUCACCCAGGCAAGAGUGCAGUGGCAUGAUCUCAACUCACUGCAACCUCGACCUCCUGGGUUCCAGUGAUUCUCAUGCCUCAUCCUCCCAGGUAGCUGGAACUACAGGUGUGCACCACCAUGUGUCACUAAUUUUUGUGUUUUUAGUAGAGAUGGGGUUUUGCCAUAUUGCCCAGGCUGGUCUCGAACUCCUGGCUUCAAGGGAUCACCCACUUUGGCCUCCCAAAGUGCUGGGAUUACAGGGAUGAGCCACCGUGCUUUGCCGGAUAUUUGUAUUAUCAUUCUAGUUUCAGAGUAUACAGAAAUUUCAUCCCAUCAUUUUGAAAAAUAAAGAUAUCUGAAGUAUAACAUUACUUAUAGAAAUAGUUACUUUGUACUCCUUAAUCUUGUGGCAUCAGAGGAAUAUUUGUUAUGUAGUAGGCAAUUUUUAUCCAGUACUUUAUAGAUUCAACUCUAAGUUGCAAGUGAGGUCAAAACUCAUGAAAAUUUAUUUAGAAAAAUCUAAAAAUUCUGGUUUUAAAUAUGAGAAUCAGUGGAAAAUAAGGGUAUAAUUUUGUAGGUCAUAUAAUUGAAGAAAAUAUUAUUUUAACAAUGUAAAGCAAUAUGAUUUGUUACUAUAAUUAACCUGUAUAAAAGAUACAUUUCAUGGUGGUUUCAGUAGGUCAUUUUAAAAACCAAUGUGCAUUAAUUUUCAAGUAUAAGGUUUAAGUAAUUUGAUUGAAUAAUCAGAAAAUAUUCAAUACAGUGUUGGAAUAUUCUGUCAUGCACUAUUUUUCCAUUGACAAUUUCUGUAUUUUAAUUGAAUACAGUUUCUUCAGUCAUGGUUAUUGCACUUUAUCCUGAAUAAUAAUUCAGAAAUUGGGUUUUGGUUCAGUGAUUCUCAAGAGAAAGAUCUCUUGCCCAUUAAGAAGUGUAUCAAAAUCUCAUAAGAAAUGAGGGAAAGAAGAGGGCUGUAGAGUUUGAAAAAGUAUAUUCAAUAUUAAAAUAAUUUUAUAUUUGGGAAGGCAAAAAUGAAUCUAUUGUUUUGCUAUACAGGUUAUAAACAGGCAAAAUCAAUAAAAUAUAUACCUGGUUGUA